CUAAUGUUCGUCUUUUGCCCGCUUCCUGGUAAGAGAUAAACAACACACUUGUAACGAUUUGUACAUAGUAUCGAUUCUUCCAUGUUUAAAUAGGAAACGCUUCAAGCAAGUUCAUAGAAAAUGACAUCACAAGACCAGAAGCCCAAGCCCGAGUUUUAUCGGAGAGUUCUGCCUGAUGGAUGUAUCGCCUUUUCGUCCACAGAAGGUAAAGAGAUCUUCAAGGAGGCUCUCGUGUCGGGUCACAUGUGUUGCUAUUUCAAAAUGGCGGCACAGUUUAGUACUCAGGCAGAACCAGCUUUUUGUGGACUUACGACUCUUGUCAUGAUUCUGAACGCUCUCGAGGUGGAUCCGGGGAAAAUCUGGAAGGGCCCCUGGCGAUGGUACCAUGAGGACAUGCUAGAAUGUUGCGUAUCUUUACAAACCAUAAAAGAAAAAGGAAUAACCUAUGAUCAGUUCGUUUGCCUGGCUGCUUGUAAUUCCCUCGAAGCUGAAUCAACAAGGAUCGACGAUUCCGCAUCACUGGAAACAUUUCGAGAUCACGUGAUCAGGCUAAGUAGACAAGAUGACCGAUUCAUCGCUUUAUCCUAUAGCAGAAAGACCCUUGGUCAAACCGGGGACGGUCACUUUUCUCCCGUUGGAGGCUAUCAUCCGGGUAGAGACUUGGUAUUGGUGAUGGAUACGGCUCGGUUCAAGUACCCUCCACACUGGGUUCCACUUGCUACUAUUUGGGAAGCCAUGAAGCCUCUCGAUAAAAGCACAGGCAAGUCGAGAGGAUAUUGUAUUGUGUCUAAAAUCCACAAGGAUGGUUCAUUACGUUUAUUCAAACUGUCCAAUUCCUUCAACGUCUUUCUACCAUGUGCCUGUACCAGCGGUGUCUCAACGUUCGUAUACAAAUGGCGAGAAUGCUUGACAAAGGAUGUGGUAGCUAUGUCAUCGGCUCACACAGAUCAUGUUAAACCUUCUGACAACAUGGCCAUCUAUGAGCGAGUUGUUCCUUCGUUACUAAACAGUGCCGGAUGCAUUGCGCAGAAUGAAUGCAUUCUCACUACAUUCAUGGAUUUAGCGAAUUUUUCAACCGAGCACCAUGCAUUGAAAAAGUCUUUGUUACAACAGAUCGAAUGUUUAGAGCUUUACAGCAUUGUCCAAAGCGUUUUAAAGAGCGCAACUUCUCGUUCCUGUUUAAAUAUAGGAAGUGAGGGAGAGAACAAAGUCAUGACAUCAGACGGAGGAUGCUGUGGGAUGUCUUCUUCAAAACGUACGAAAAUCUCAGAUGCCACUUUGCUUCCGGCGCAUUUUAUUGCAGUCUUUAUUCUGUGUUGGCCGUACGAACUGUACAAAGUCACAGGAACGGUGACAGUUGGAGACAAGAUGGAUUCAUACGUCACCAAAUGGAUGGAAAGUACAACAUCUAAAGAGAUCAAAGAUGAAAUAUCGCAGCUCAAAAGACAACUCUUGGUGUUGUUAAAAAUGCGCUCGACAAACUUGCGCCAGUGUGACCCAGCUACUUCACGCAGCAAACCGUGUAUGACCACUACACUAUGUAGCGUGGACAAGUAAUCACAGCCAUACUGAGUAAAAUAUCAGCUGCUGUAUCUACUUAAAUAAAGAAGGUUUGUCUAAGGAAUCAUUGCAGAAAUUGUGAAUGACAUACAGGUGAAUGACACAUUCAAAUGUAAAUAAGAAGUAAAUACAAUGCUAUGCUGAGUAUUGAUUGGAUUGUGCCAUAUCGCUUUUUCGUCGUAUAUAGUCUCAUAAGUAAUAUUGGGAAAUGAAGACAUUAAUAGAAUAAUACAUGAAUAAAGGGGCUGGUGAAAACGCGAUUUGAAAUUCAAUCUAAAUAUUUUAAUGUACGAGAGAAAAAAACCUUCGAAUAAGUGCGCAUGUUCUGACUCGGUGCUACUAAUCGUUUAGAGUUUAAAUUUAAUAUGUAGGAUAGAUAUCAGUCGCUUACUACAUUGUUUACUAUAAAUGGUAGUAGUGGUCUACUACUUUCCUUCUAUGUGACAUACCUUAAGUAAGUUGAUUAGACUGAUUUAAUCAAUUGGUUUUUCCUCGAAAAAUUGAAUGCGGAGUAAAAAUUACUAACAAUGAUACGGAUUUAUGAAUAUUUGGAGAGCAAAAACUGACGCUAAAUAACUGUUUCGAAAGAAUGACGCGAAGAGGUCAAAACCAGUAACUGAAUUUUGUUGAAAAUUUCCUGCAUCUUUCACAACAUUUUCUUCGCAUUUAUAUGUCGAUUUAUGGAAAUUUUCUUAGCUUAGAGAGUAACUUGUAUUAAACACAUGUACGGUUAAUUUCCCUUCAAACGGUAAGAACAUUUCACUGGUUGGACAAUAUGAACUUGUAUCCAAAUUAAAUACCACAUGUUAGAUUAUAGUGUUAUCAGAUGUAUUUCCCAAUAAACUAAUACAAUUUAAUUUGCUGUUUUAUUUUUCCAAAUAAAUGUUUACUUUGUUGGGGUCUACAUGCUUUUGAGGCAAUAUUUGAUAAACUCAUUGGUUUUUCUAGUGAUAAAAAGCGUUACCAUACCAUUGACUAUGUUGUGGAUCCCUAUAUGAAAAUCUGAAAUUUCAAAAACGCCGCAUCAGAUAUAACAUUCUAUACUGCCCAUUCUCUGGUUUUUGCAAGAUAGAAUCGGGGUUCACGUCAGUCUUGUAUACGUGCGGAGUUCUGAUUUGAUGUAAAAUAAAAUGAUUGAAGAGCAAUAAUAGGUUAAUGAUAAGUGUUUUUGAUAUUGGCCUAGUAAUUACCCCAAGGUCUGACAGAUGAAUCUGUUCUGCAAGGUUUCCCGUUCUUUACCUUGUGAGUAAAACUAUGAAUGGAAUGUAGCAUCGGGAUCGGUUACUAUUGAAAUCUGGAACCAACCAAUAAACUAGCUAUUCGUGAUUUGUUGAUGAGGUCGUGAAACUCUUGAUUUUGAUUAGCCAGUUUUGAUGUGUGGAACCAACCAAUAAACUAGCUAUUCGUGGUUUGUUGAUGAGGAUGAUGGAACACUGGAUUUUGAUUGGGCAGAUUUGAUGUGUGGAACCAACCAAUAAACUAGCAAUUCGUGAUUUGUUGAUGAGGAUGGUGGAACUCUUUGAUUUUGAUUGGCCAGUUUUGAUGUGUGGAACCAACCAAUAAACUAGCUAUUCGUGGUUUGUUGAUGAGGAUUAUGGAACACUUGAUUUUGAUUGGGCAGAUUUGAUGUGUGGAACCCAACCAAUUGGUUAGCUGUUGAGGAGGAUAGCGAUACCCUUGGUUUUGACCAAGUUGUUUUUUUUAUAAGAAUGCUUCCAUUUUACCGGGAUUAAAAAAUAAAUAAAUAGUGAUUGAU